AUCGAACAGUUGAUUGAUUGAUUGAUUCGAUCUCCAUUGGAGAAAGGAAGGAAGCAGGUGGUGGGAGAAUGGAGGUAGAAGGAAGCCCCGUAAUGAGGGUGCAGAGCAUAGCACAAGCUGGGAAAUCAGAAGUCCCACCGCAAUACAUCCAGCCACCUUCCGAUCGGCCGAACAAUGACGCCGGUGGUAAGUCCGGCGGCGGCGUAGAUGUUCCGGUGAUCGACCUCGGCGAAGAUUCAGUCCGGGAAGCAGUCGGGCGGGCUUGCCGAGAUUGGGGAGCUUUCCAGGUGACAAACCAUGGGGUGCCCAUUCGAUUACUAGACGAUAUGAGGAAGGUCGGUCUGUCAUUCUUCAACGAAUGCCCCAUGAAAGACAAGCUCAUGUACGCCUGCUCGCCGGAUUCCGCCGCGGCGGAGGGAUACGGGAGCAAAAUGCUCGUCGACAGCGAUGAAAACCACGGGGUGCUGGAUUGGAGGGACUAUUUCGACCACCACACCUUGCCGCUCUCUCGCCGGAACCCUUCCAAUUGGCCUCAUUACCCGCCCAAUUACAGGGAAGUUGUUUCCCAGUUUAGCGAUGAAAUGAAUGUGCUUGCCCAGAAGCUGCUGGGAAUUAUCUCUGAGAGUCUUGGGCUGCCGUCUUCUUCCUUGAAGGAUGCUGUUGGGGAAUUCUAUCAGAAUAUUACUGUCAGUUAUUACCCUCCUUGCCCUCAGCCAGACCUCACCUUGGGUCUACAGUCGCACUCGGAUUUCGGGGCUCUCACUUUGUUGAUUCAGGAUCAAGUUCCUGGUCUUGAAGUGCUGAAAGACUCCCAUUGGUACCCUGUCCAACCUCUACCUGAAGCCAUUGUUGUCCUUGUUUCAGAUCAGACAGAGAUCAUCACCAAUGGCAACUACAGGAGUGCUGUGCACAGAGCUGUAACCAAUUCCACGGGGGCAAGGUUGUCAGUGGCUACGUUCCACGACCCAUCGAAGACGAGAAACAUAUCCCCUGCUGCCGAGAUCGUAUGUCAGUCAUCUCCUGCAAGGUACCGAGAAGUGAAUUAUGGUGAUUACAUGUCAAGAUGGUAUACCAAAGGCCCCGAAGGCAAGAGGAAUGUUGAUUCACUCCUCAUUGACCCUUAGGCUUUUUGUAAACUCUUGCAGCUGCCGUCGUCACAGUGUUGCCAAUGCAGAGAUGUCUGCGUGAUUGCAGCAAGAAUAGAUCAACUUAUCUUUCUAAUUUCAGUCUUUAGAUUUCUUUUUGUCAUACAAGUGAAUAAAGUUCGAUCGAUCAAUAACUUACAUGGUGCAUAUGGCUUAUCUGGUGAUCCAGGGGUCAGCAUUGUAGACCUCUUCCCACAAACAAAAGGGACUGUUGAAAUUGUCAAAGAACAAGAGGAAAUCAUGAACUUACAAGUUACACUACAAUGUUGAAAUGUUAUUGUAUUAUGUAUAGCUUGAUCGUUAGUGAUCGAAUAUUGAAUACGAUGUGACUAGCAUGUUAAGUUAGCUUUAAUUAUUAUAAGUGGACGUUAACCUCAUUUAGUCAUUUUGGCACAUAUAACACACGUUUGUCUGGAAAUUCGUUAUUACACCACGUUUAACGAAGUUUAUCAACACCUCGUACAAUGUUGAGCAUGAUUAAGUCGAAUUUCACAUCGAUAAAGUACGGGAGAAACUCAUGAUUCACAGGUAAGAAACUAACCUUAACCGACAAAACAUGUUUUGGUAUGAAAUGGAGAAGUUCUUGAGUGAACUCCAAAGUUAAGCUUGUUCACUAUGGAGCACUGCAAAGAUGGAUGACCUCUUGGAAAGUCACUUUGAUAUGCACCUCAAUGCAAAAUCUGAGAGGAUCUCGGCCCAAAGUCGAUAAUUCUAUUGAAAAAAUGUUCUGAAUGGUCACAAUAAGUGGUAUCAUAACCUCUUCACGUCCUCUUGAUCGAUGGUGAGGCAAUCCUCAACGAGCACGUUGAGUCCCAAAGGGAGAAUGGUGUAUGUAACACCUUAGGCGAAUCUCAAAUCGACAAAGCACGAGAUAUCCAUGAUUUAUAAGUAAGAAACAAUCUUAACUGUCUAUAUGUGUUUUGGGUGAAUUGAGGAGUAAUUUAGACCCAAAAUUUAAAGUGAAUUCUCGAAAAGUCACUUUGAUAUGCACUCGAAGAUAAUAAAAAAAAUUUGUGAGAAUCUAGACUCAAAAGUAAACAAUAUUGUGUCGGGAAAAGUUUCGAUAGAGAUUACGCAAAGUUUUUGGUUGGAGUUGAUAGAAUAAGAAAAAAAUACAAACAUUUUUUACCAAUAUGAAAUUGCAUAUUUCUGUUUUUUCCUUUUUCUUUUCAUUUUCCGUUACUGUAAAUUUAAUUUGGGGAUGCCAAAUUAAUCCCUAUCGAGACAAAAAGAUCGAAGGUAGAAGACGCCUCGAUGCCCUUUAAUUAAACGCCGAAAAGGAAAAAAUCCACAAAAAAUAACUGAAAAAAUAAAAAUCGCGUCGUCGUCGUCAGCUCAUCCUCCACAGCGCUGUUCCUUAUUCGCUCAUCCGAUUAUCCGUCUUUAUUCUUCUUCUCCGAUCAAUCGCAGUUUGUCUCCGCCUUCAAUUGUCCGCUCGCCGCCGUCCCUGCAAGUUAUUUUUUUACCAUUUAGGGGAAAAAAGAGGAAAACGGAAA